AGAACGCAUAAAUCGUUUCCGGGAUAUGCUUCUGGAGAGAGGGGUCUCUGCAUUUUCUACUUGGGAAAAGGAGCUGCACAAAAUAGUGUUUGACCCUCGUUAUCUCCUUUUAAAUCCUGAAGAACGUAAACAGAUUUUUGAACAGUUUAUCAAAGCAAGAAUAAAAGAAGAAUAUAAGGAGAAAAAGAACAAACUUCUUCAGGCCAAAGAAGAAUUUAGAAAACUUCUAGAAGAAUCCAAACUCACUCCCAGAUCCACUUUCCAGGAGUUUGCAGAAAAAUAUGGAAGGGAUCAUCGAUUUAGAUUGGUGCAAAAGAGGAAAGAUCAAGAACACUUCUUCAAUCAAUUCAUAAAUAUUCUCAAAAAGAGGGACAAAGAAAACAGGAUUCGACUGAGGAAGAUCAGAUAAAGCUCUAUUAAAGCUUCACUGAAUGAACUGAGCUGCUCUGACGGAAUUGUUGACUAAGGAAUUCAGACAGUCCUAUCUGUGUGGUUUUGGCUAAUUGCAUUAUGAAAACAUUUACAACUCAAGAUAAUAUUUUGAAUUUAAAGUUGCAGGUAAUACGAGUUCACACCUCCAUUAUAAACACAUACAUCUCUGUUGACUUUUUAUUAAAUUUGUAUUGUUAUUUAAAGCACAACUAUUACAUUCUUUCUUGUCAAUUAAGCAAAGUUUGGAGGAUGUCAUUUAAUUUCUGUGACUACUCAUCAAUUGUUCAGAAUCAGUACACUGUAACAGUGAAUUAGCUCCAUGAUAAUGAAAAUGCCCUCUUUCAGGAUGGAAGAAAUUUCAUUUAUCAAUAAUUAAACCCACUGACCUUCAGAUGACAGUGUGGAUAGCUAGUGUAGAAGAUUAGUGCACUGGCACUUCAGUGUGAAAUUAUUCUCUGCAGAUUGUGCUGAUAAUAGUGACAUUCACAUAAUUUUUACUGCUCUAAAUAAGCAGAGAUUGCAAAUUAUGAUUGAGAACAUUGGCUUUUGGACACUAAUACAAGGUGACAUGAUUUGAAGGCCAUUGUUUUAAUUAUUGCUUUAUAUUUUAAAAAGCUAGUUCUUAAAAAGCAUAAAUAGGACAUUCAGCUCUUAACAUUAAACUCACCAAGAGAUAACAUUGCUGUUGAAUAUCAAGACAAUGUGGCAUUAUUCCAGUCACACUAACAGUGGAGCAGGAAUAGGUUCUGCCAGUAGUACCAGCUUAUUAAAUUGCACUGUUAAAAUUAUAAUUGCAGUAUUUAAGAAAAUGAUAUGGUAAAUUUAGUUCAGUUAUGUAUUCUGUAUUUUUAUCAGUGUAUGAAAACAGUGAUGGUAAGAUUGAAAACCGUACAGAACAACAAACUAUUUACAUUAAUGUGUGCUCUUUAUUAUAUUUGUUUUGCUUCUAGUGAGUUAUUGCUCAUGAAGUGCAGAGUGCCUAAUUAGUAGUGCUAGCUUGAUGUUUAAAACAUUAGAAGAGACUGAACAUUCUAAAGUUUGGCUUUUUAUAAUGUAAUUAUUUUAAACUGUGCUUGUAGUAAAGUAACCCAUUUACAGUA